UGCCGCUCCCGGUCGUGUUCUGUGGGCCCGCCAGCUGGUGACGUGAAGAGGUCCAGACCCCAGAGUCUAUGGCAGCCGCUGGGUCUGUGAAGGCGGCGUUGCAGGUGGCCGAGGUGCUGGAAACCAUUGUGAGCCGCUGCAUGGGCCCCGAGGGGCGGCAAGUUUUGUGUACGAAGCCCACCGGCGAGGUGCUGCUCAGCCGGGAUGGAGGCCGCCUCCUGCAGGCGCUACACUUAGAGCAUCCCAUAGCCAGGGUGAUAGUGGCAUGUGUUUCCAGUCAUCUCAAAAAAGCAGGAGAUGGUGCUAAAACAUUUAUUGUCUUACUAUGCCAUUUGCUCAGAGGACUUCAUGCAAUCACAGAAAAAGAAAAAGGCGAUUUGAUGUCUGAAAAUAUGCAAACCCAUGGAAAGCAUUGGAAAAAUUGUUGUCAGUGGAAAUGUAUUUCCCAAGCUCUUCUGACAUUUCAGACACAUAUAUUAGACUGUGUUAUGGACCAGUACUUGAGUAGACACUUUCUGUCUAUUUUUUCUUCAUCUGCUAAAGAAAGAACAUUGUGCAGGAGCUCUUUAGAGUUGCUCUUAGAAGCAUACUUUUGUGGAAGAGUGGGAAGAAAUAAUCACAAAUUUAUUUCACAGUUGAUGUGUGACUACUUUUUCAAGUGUAUGACUUGCAAAAGUGGAAUUGAAAUAUUUGAAUUAAUAGAUGACUAUUUUGUAGAGUUGAAUGUUGGGGUCACUGGCCUUCCUGUUUCAGAUUCUAAGAUCAUAGCGGGGCUUUUGCUUCACAGAGACUUUUCUGUGUACUGUCCAGCAGAUGGUGACAUAAGAAUAGUGAUGGUAACAGAAGCCAUUCAGCCUCCUUUUACAACUUCUGGAUCAGAGUUUUUUCUGAAUUCAGAAACACAGUUUCAGACUUCUCAAUUUUGGAUUAUGGAAAGAACAAAAGCAAUAAUGAAACAUUUAUGUGGUCAGAAUGUAAAAUUGCUCCUGUCUAGUGUAAAACAACCAGAUUCAGUUGUUUAUUAUGCAGCACUAAAUGGCAUAUCUGUGGUGGAGUGUUUAUCAGCAGAAGAAGUUUCCUUUAUCCAGAGAAUCACUGAUCUUUCUCCAUUUGUACCACAGGCCUCUUCACAGUAUGACAUUUCUAACACUGCUUUGGUGAAAUUUUGUAAACCAUUCAUCCUUAGAUCUAAAAGGUAUGUUCAUCUUGGUUUGAUUAGCACAUGUACAUUUAUACCACACUGUAUAGUUCUUUGUGGACCAGUGCAGGGUCUUAUUGAGCAACAUGAGAAUGCUUUACAUGGUGCAUUUAAAAUGCUCCGGCAGUUAUAUAAAGAUCUUGAUCUAAGUUAUAUUAGAUAUGCCAGUGACCAAAAUGAAACAUCAAGUACCCCUGUUUCCAAAAAUAGGAGAGAAAAUGAUCAGUUAGUAGAAACUGGAAAUAAAUCUAUACAAAGACCAUAUCAGGACACAGUUGUAAAGGACAAAGAUGAAUUGGAAAAAACUCAAACAUAUUUAAAAGUAUACUCAAAUUUGGUUGUUUCAGAUAUAGAAUUAGAAGCAUAUAUUCCAUGUUCAACACCAGAACUAACAUCAGCAGAUACAUUCCAAAUAGAUGAAACACUGAGAUGUUUGUCUCCUGGAGAACACAGGAUAAUUGGUGAUUGUGCCCUAUUAGCGGAGGGUAAUUCCAUUGACAAUUCAACAACACAAGUCACAAAAAUUACUAGAAAACAGAGCAUGUCGCCAGUGAAAUACAACUCACUAGAUGAGGGUACUUGCCAGAGUUACUAUUCCUCAUCUAUACCAGCAGGUUCUGUUUUGCCAGUGGGUGGUAAUUUUGAAAUCUUGUUACAUUACUAUCUAACCAAUUAUGCCAAGAAAUGUCAAUCAUCAGAAGAAAGCAUGGUUAGUAUGUUAAUAGCUAAUGCACUUUUAGGCAUUCCCAAAAUCCUCUGUAGGUAUAAGAAUGGAAAGUACAGCUUUCCACACUUCUAUUUAAAAGCUCUCCGUGCACUGGAAACAAAUCAACCCAUGGUAAGCAGUCAGACAGGUUUGGAAUCAGUAAUUGGUAAAUACCAGUUAAUAACUUCAGUUCUCCAGUGUUUGAUAAAAAUAUUGACCAUUGAUUUGAUAAUUAGUAUUAAGAGACAGCCUCAGAAAGUUCAUCAUCAAGAUUCAGAAGAUGAACUAUAACUGCAGAAAUCUUUAUUAAUCCAAUCCAAGCCAUGAAGUAAAGCAGGGAUGUGACUACUAAUUUCCAGGUCAACUAAGUCUACUUGGGAAAGCAACAUAACUUUAAAUGACUUCUGAAGAAGUACCGUAGGCCACCAGACCAUGCAGACAAAAAUAAUGGGCUAAUUUUGAAAGUAAACUGGGUGAAAGAGGGUUUUGGCAUGGGGGAGCCAAGAUCUGCCUAAAUCUCUCUUCUCUAUGUCUCAGCUCUUUGUUAAUCUGUGUGUCUAGGGGAGAAUACUUCUUUUUAGCUCCUUUUUGCUUUUCUGUAUCUUUUUUCAUUUUUACCAUCCCUCUUUUACCUUUCCUAUUCUUAGUUCAUAGAAUCACUUACUCUCAGAUUUAGAUUUGUUCCUCAAAUUCCAUUUUAAUUGUUUAAAAGAUAAAUAUGUCAUUUGCUUCAUUUAAAAUAGAUUUUCCCCAUUCAUGGUCAUAUAUAAUGUGAAAAAAAGUACAAUUUUUUUUCCAAAGAGCAAUAUAAAUUAGUUUUUACUUUUAUGUAACCCUCGGUUUAUUUCCAUUUUAUUUGGAAAAACUUGGAUAGAUUUUUACCAUUCAGUACAUGUUACCAGAAAAAAGACAAUGCAAAGAACCAAUUUUUGUAGUUAAAAGUUAACAUCACAAAGAAUAUUAAAGUCAUACUUUGAUUUUCUUCUGGCUCCUAAUGGCUUGCAGAGAUAUUUUAUGUACUUACUGGCUUUGCCUAUAUUUGGUACUUAGAGUUCAAUAAUGGUUUCUAAUGUGAAGUUACAAAUGUUUGUUUUAUUUUAAAAGCAUUUAAAUGCAAGUAAUAACUGCAUCUAACAGUGGAUAUGGACAGUCAUAUCUGCUUUUAGGAAUUCUCUGUAACACUCAAAACAGUCCUAAAUUGUCCUACAUUUAAACUAUAUAUUGAGAUGUAUUUGGUGAAUAAAGAAGUGUUAUCUUUAAUCCAUUUCUCUAAAUACAUGUUUCACAAUGUCCUUAUUAAAC